AAGGACGCAUCAAUCAGCGGCGCUACAAUAGCACGUGUGGCGGUCAUGGUCAUAGAGCGGCUCGGUUGAGUCGACGCGACUGCAGACUGCUGAUUGGAGAGAGAGAGAGCGGUUACCGUCACCUUAUCCACCGCUCCUCCUUCACUACAACCACAACUGCCUCUGCAAUCCGAUCGCCCUUUAAUAAUGCACGGGGAGGUAAAGCGAAUUUCAGUUACCGGGCUCUGAAUGAUGUAUAGCACCGGUUACUACAGCACCGCACCGGAGAGCACGAACCUGUAGCUGUGUGAUCUGCGGAGAAAAUGUCACACUAUCAUUUCAUCAAAUGCUGUUGUUUUCAGCUAUGUAACGUGUUCAGGCAGAACAUGGAGAUAGACCAGUGUCUGCUGGAGUCUCUGCCGUUGGGCCAGCGUCAGAGGCUGGUCAGACGCAUGCGUUGCGAGCAGCUGCGGAUCUACUACGAGCGUGAACGGACACUACAGAAGCAAAGCUUCCCCAAGCCCCGGGCCACCAACCGCAAAAAGCAAAGAAUCAGCUUCACUCUUUCAGACGUCAUCCAGGAUGCCAUUAUAAGACACGAUGACAAAGAGGUGCUGAGGCUGCUGAAGGAGGGAGCUGACCUGAACACAGUGAUUUCCUCAGGAGGAUCUCUGCUCCAUCUGUGUGCCCGCCAUGACAAUGUGUUCGCAGCAGAGAUUUUGAUAGAGAAGGGACUGAAUGUCAACCUGCAGGAUGAGGACCUCUGGACUGCCCUGCAUGUGGCCUGCGCCUGCGAUCACGCAGAUAUGGUGCUGCUGCUACUGCUGGCUGGAGUCAACGUGCUCCUGCAGGAUGUGAACGGGAACAUUCCACUUGACUACGCCACAGAAGGGACGGAAACCAGCUACAUCCUCAUUAGGCACCUGGAGGAGAAUGGAGUGGACAUGAGCUCUAUGCACCAGAUGAAGACCCAGCGCUCAUCCACCAUGAUGUCUGAUGUGAGGCAGCUGGUCAGCAGCGGGGGCAGUGUCAAUCAACAAAAUGAUGACGGGGUCACGCUGCUACACAUCGCCAGUGCCAGUGGUUAUAAGGAGGUUGUGUCAGUGCUGCUGGAGAAUGGUGCAGAUGUCCAGGUGUCUGACAACAGCUACUGGACACCCUUACAUCUGGCUGCCAAAUAUGGGCAGACCAACAUUGUGAGCCAGCUGUUGAAGCACAAAGCAGAUCCUACUCUACUGAACUGCAACCAGGACAAGCCCUCAGACAUAGCUGCUACUGAGCAGAUUGCAGAUAUGCUAAUGAGAGCAGAGGAAUUCUGGGUACAGAGACAGACAGACCCCUCGGCCCCGCUUCCACAAUCGGAAGAGCACUGCACAGAGUCCAACCAAGACAACAAUCUGCCUGUAAAAAAACUGGCUACUAUGGCUCUAUCCAUCUCUAGGAGGGACAGUUUGUUGGAGAAGGAGGCCAUGUUCAGGGACUCAGGAGGAGCUCUGACACAGCAGCCUUCACUUGAUAACGGCCUGGAUGGACCAUAUCCCAGCGCUGCAGGAAAACUGGAGCAGGUAAAACUGAUGCCUCCUGCCCCUAAUGAUGACCUUGCAUCCCUCAGCGAGCUCACGGAUAGCAGCCUGCUCUACGAGAUGCAGAAGCGUUUCGCCAAUGACCAGAUAUAUACCUACAUUGGACACAUUCUUCUCCUCAUUAACCCUUACAAGGACCUGCCUAUCUACUCUAAUCUCGUCAGUCAGUUGUAUCUGAGCUCCAGUGGUCGUCUGUGUUCCUCUCUCCCGCCUCAUAUCUUCUCUUCAGCUGAGCGCGCUUAUCACAUGAUGCUGCAGGAGCGACGCCCACAGUGUUUCAUCAUCAGUGGAGAGAGUGGUUCUGGGAAGUCUGUGGCUUGUAAGCACAUCCUGAAACACCUGGCUGCUCGCUCAAGUCCCAAAAGCUUCGCUUUAGAGCCACGGAUGAAGCAUGUGAAUGUGAUCUUGGAAGCCUUUGGCCAUGCUAAGACUCAGAUGAACUCCUCAGCAAGCCGUUUCAUCAAGCUGAUCUCACUGCAGUACUGUGAGAAGAGAAAGACUCUACUCAGAGGCCGUCUGUACACUUAUAUGCUGGAGAAGUCGAGGGUCAUCUGCAUGCCACCACAUCAGCAGAACUUUAACAUCUUCUACCUGAUGGCUGAGGGGCUUUCAGCAGAGGAGAAGAGUAAUCUAUAUCUAAACAAUGUCUUAGCCCACAGGUGUCUGAGCACAGCGGCUCCAGGUGAAACUCCUGCAGUAGCUACCGCGUGUCCUCAGAGCAGAGAGAAGCUCUCGGCCCUUAAACAGGCACUGCGUGCGCUCGGCUUCAAUAGACUGGAGGUGGAGAAUUUGUUUGUGGUCCUCUCUGCGCUGCUGCAUUUGGGAGAUCUGCGCUUCACCGCCCUGACAGACGCUGACACUGCGUUUGUGUCCGACUUGCAGCUGCUAGACAGAGUGGCUGGGAUGUUGCAAGUUAGCUCUGAGGAUCUAGGCUCUGCCCUCACCUCUGAUGUGCAGUGUUUCAAAGGUGAUGUCAUAACAAGGCGCCACACAGUUGAAAUGUCCAACCAUCACAGAGACCUCUUGGCCAAAGCUCUGUACGGACGACUCUUCAGCUUCUUGGUCAAUAACAUUAACUUUUACCUCCAAGGUCAUGAAGAAAUUAUUGGAGAUCCUGCCCUUGAGAUAAGCGUCUUGGACAUAUUUGGCUUUGAGGAAUUCCAGCGUAAUGGUUAUGAACAGCUGUGCAUUAACAUGGUAAAUGAGCGGAUCCGGCAGUACACAGCAGAGGUGCUCUUCCAGCAAGAGCAGCAAGAAUGUCUGCAGGAGGGGGUUGCCAUGGAGACGCUACGCUCCCUCGGCAACCAGACAGCAGUGCUGGACUUCUUCUUCCAGAAGCCUCAGGGUUUGCUGUGCAUCAUUGAUGAGGAGAGUCAGUCCCUCAGGCCAUGUGAAGUCAACCUUUAUAAACGACUGCAGAUACAGCUGGAUUCCUCCUGUACGGACGCUGUCUCCCUCACAACCAAAGAUGGCAACGGGAACCCCCCACCUAAAGACCAGGGGCCAUCAUUUACGGUUACUCACUACGCUGGCAAGAUGACCUAUGACCUGACGGGCUCAUUGGACAGGAACAAGGAUGUUCUUCCCCAAAACAUCUUGUUUGUUAUGAAAACAAGUGAGAACGUGCUCAUCCAUCAAAUGUUCCAGUGUAAGCUGACUCAGACGGGCUCAUUGGUUCCCCACCACCAGCGGAUGAAGCUUCGCGGGCCCAAAGGCACUUUGCUUAACAAGAGCACUACACUAAAUCCUGCCAGAGAUGCCAAGAAAUAUGUGGAACUGAACAAGCUCCUGAAGAAGAAGGGAGCAACGUCCUUCCUGCAGCGGCUGGAGCGCUGUGGACCUGUCACUGUGGCUGUGCAGCUCAGGAACUCUCUGUGUGAGAUCACCAGUAAGCUGCAAGCAUGUACGCCCCACUUUGUCCAGUGCGUCAGGCCCAACAACGUUGGAAAGCCUGAUGUGUUUGACAGCUUCCACGUGUCCUCACAGCUCCAGUACGUGGGGGUUCUGGAGAUGGUCCGCAUGAUCCGGUAUGGAUACCCAGUCCGACUGUCUUUUACCAGCUUCCUGAGCAGAUACAGAGAGCUGGUGGACACUAUCCUCAUUGACAAGAAGAAAGCAUCCGCAGAGGAGAAGUGCCGCCACAUUCUGCAGCAUUGUAAACUCCAGGGCUGGCAGAUGGGCAGCAGUAAGGUUUUUUUGAGAUACUGGCAGGCUGAUCACCUUAAUGACCGUUGCCAUCAGUUGCACAGGAAGAUUAUUAUCUGUCAGAAAGUGGUGCGUGGCUGGUUGGCCAGACAGCAGGUGUGUCGCAAGCUCACUUCUCGGCAGCAGGAGCAGUGCAAUGUCCAUCGGUUCCUGCAGGGAGCAGAGGACUUGGGUAUGCAUGCUUACGACAGCUUGGUCAUCCAAAAUGCAGCUGAUAUCGCACGAGAAAAUGACCGCCUCCGGGGUCACAUCAGCGCUCCACCACUGGGCGAGCGACCGGAACCUGUGGGCAAAGAAGAAGACUCGCCAAAGAGGGUUGUUGAAAAAAUUGGGAGGGUCAAUGAUGUGGCAGGCCGUGGGGGGAACCGACCACUCCGGCAUUUCCGCUCCAGCUCUGUGCCUCUCCCUCUGGUAAUGGACAGCUUGGUACACUCCAGCAUUGGGACAUCAAUCAAAGCAGCCCUUCAGUCUGCGCCACACUCCACUGAGGAGGGGAAUGGAGGGAACCUCUCCUCCCCACGAAAACAACCUCCUCCCAAACCCAAACGAGACCCAAAUACACGUCUGAGUGCAUCAUAUGAGGCAGUGAGUGCAGGGCUGAGUAUUGCACCCAAAGACAGCCCUGCUGAGGGUCAAGCCUCACCGUCUGGAAGCCCACCAAAAAACCAGCUGUCUCCUUCUGAUCCUCUCUCUAAACCACGGCCUCACAGUGAUGACUACAGCACCAUGAAGAAGAUCCCACCCCCAAAGCCUAAACGCAGCCCUAAUACCAAACUGACGGGCUCCUACGAGGAGAUCUCUAUACCCUCCCCUGCACGCCCCACAGACAUGAAACUUGUCAGCCUGGUACGAGGCGGCCACUGCUUGGGCCUCAUCCAGCGAGCAGCGUCUGCAGAUGGCCCCCAUUCUUCUGUACUAAGCCUCUACCCUUGCCAGGACGAGGAGGAUGUGUAUAUCGAGAUGGUAGGGGCCUCACGAGCCCUCAGCCUGGCUGACUCCCACAGUCCAGAGCUGAGUGAGGCGGUAUACGAGGAGAUGAAGUACUUCCCACAUGACGAGGUGGGGUCAACUCCGGUGGUCAAGCCUGAAGCUGUCAAUCCCACCACCACUACCCUACCUGCCCCAGUGCUGGAAGUCAAGAGGCCUGUGACCCUGAUGGAGCACCCCGGCACUCUCGGGGGAAAGCAGCUGGGCAAGGAUGGGACAGCUUGUGACAUUCCAGCUCCAUUCCCCAACCUCCUUCCACACCGUCCCCCACUUCUGGUCUUCCCUCCGUCCCCUGUCACCUGCUCACCCGCCUCGGAUGAGUCCCCCCUUACCCCUCUUGAGGUGAAGAAGCUGCCGGUGUUUGAAACCAACCUUAACUACACCAGCCAGGAUGGGGGGAGCCCACUCUCACCUCAGUACACCCGGCAAAGGGCUGAUUCCUCACCAAGUCUUUCUGUCUUAAUGCCAGACAAGUCCACGCCACCCUUGACUCCUCCCCCUCCGCCCCCUCCGGCAGUACUUCCACCUCCCUAUCGCCCCCCUUCUCACUUCCCCUUCCCCCCUGAGGCAAACUUCUUGGCCCUGACCCGUGCAGCUUCUGUGGCUAGCACCGAUUCCCCCAAAGUCUCCCAUAAAAUGGCACACGGUCUGGCAGAGACGCCUUCAAGCAGUUCCAAGCCUCCCUUCUCACCAGUGAAGACCUCACGACCAGAGCCCCGCAGAGCUCACUCCUGCUCCUCCUCGCCUCUGCUCUUCAACCCUGCCAAUGGGAGACCCCUCACUAGUCCCCUAGAUGAGCUAAACACCAUUUUCAGCUCAGGGCGCAGCCUACUCCGCAAGUCCACUACAGGAAGAAAGAUCAGAGACAGCGGACUCUCAAAUUCCAACAUUAACCUGCCAGGUCGAGAGGAUCAAGGCCCAAUCUCCCCGUCGUCACAGUUACAGGAUAAAAACGCCAACAACCACACCUCUCCCAACUCUUCAAAUCCAGCCCCCGUUGAGAACGGCAACCAGAUCUCCAAUGGAACAUUGGAAGACGAUGGACAUCCAAAGUCAAAUGCGUCCAGCACCUCGGCGUUACACAGGCACAUGGACAGCCACCACACUCAGAGGGGUCACCUCAACUUCUCGCCUUUCGGUGCGGGGGCAGCGCUGUAGGCAGGGGGGCUGAAUGAGCCCUCAGGCCUGUAUAGGGAUGGGUGCUCCAGAGGUCACGUGCAUGUGGGGAUCAGCGGGCCACUCUGCAGGAAUUAUUGCGCUGGCGGAGGAGUGUUUGUGACGGUCGACCAGACUGGCAGAACGCUUGGCUCCACACAAACACCUCACCCACCCUAACGGUGAAGACCAAGAGUCCCAGAAAGAAAGCAUCGCCCUAGAGAUUGUGGUCUUCCUGAGUUAAACCUCAGUUAAACCCCACUCCUUAGGCCCGAUGACCCUUUUUAUGUUUUGCCCUUCACAUAGGGGUGGGCAUCCUCUAAAUAGAGCCAAACUCUGAACUCACGAGAGGAGGGCAUCCCAAUUUGUUCUUGUUCCUCUCUUCACUUCUUUUGAAACAAUCAAAGGUUCCUUGUAAAAUGGUUCCACAUGUCUCUCUAGCUAAUGGCCAACUGUGACCAAAUAACUGCCCCCAAAGACUACCAAUCCCUGUCCUGAAGAAACAAAGGGGACAUGGCUAUUAUGAAUCCCAUUCGCAGUGUCCUAAACAUCUCACUGUUUGAAAGUUCUCAUCACGUCGCCUUGAUUGCAACCCAUCGACGCUAUCUUAGGGCUGUGCAAACAUAUCUCAACUGUGCUACUGCGUGCUAUAGUCUACAUUGUGGGCCAUAUUUUAGUUUUAAACCCUGGUGCUGGUCGCUCCACAUGUGGUUGUUGUUGCCUGGGUUGGGUAAAAAGUGCCAGUUCUGUUCCAACUCGAGCACUCGAGACACAUGGACGCGACAGACCUUAAAGUUUACAAGACAAAAACUUUGUGUUGACCUCAUAGGCCUAGCUUUGUCAACAAAGUCCUCCUUCAGGUUCAGGAAAGCAGCUACACCUCACGCUUUUUCAGGUGCUUUGGUUACCCUCCAUCAGGGUUGGCAACCAUCACACACAGGUUGUGACCUUACAAAGAGGUCAGGGUUCAGGGAAAUUAUUAGUAACAUCACAAGUCCACAACAUUUCCACCAGCUUCUGGACUACAUUCAUCGUUCACUCUAGGCUAAUGUGCUCACACUUCUGCAACAUGAAACCAAGAGGUUUUACAAGACAUACUGUUGACGAACUUGAAGACGCCUGAUUUAUAUCAAAUGGUUAAAGAGCACAAUUCUCCUAAUACACCUUUAGAUGGAACAAUCAUUACUAGUGAUGGAUAUUACUGCCGAUUUGACUCCCGCAACAAAAGUUCUUGGAUUCUUCCUCAAAGGUGCUUAUGUACGAAUGCUGGGUUGUAUGGUAACAUGUCAGUACCUUAGUAGAUGAUCUGUACAAACAGCACAUGACCUUUGGUCUCCCUGAAGUUCAGAAUAUUCAUGUCUCUCGUUGUUCCUAUUGUGUGAAGGUACCCAGAUGCCUCCAAAUAGAGUUCUCGAGGCAUUUGAUUUAUCCAUACAGUGCGCACGUUCAGAUUUAUUACCUGAGAGAACUUGGGUAAAUAUUUUUGGACCUUGAACACUGGGUUCGCACCAGGAGCCCAACCAUAAGCACAGCCAUGUACCUGACGUACAGGUGCUUUUCUGAGAAUAAGCAGAACUUGACCUUCUGGUUCUGGUUGUCUUCAUGACUGAAUAGAUGAGUUAUGUACAGAUUGCAAAUGUUUUGAUGAGUAUAAUGGCAAAUUGUCUUUAUAAUGGAAAGCUAUCCUGAAUGUUCAAGAAUGCAAUGACAGAAGGACUAAGGUGGUGGGUUUUAUAGUGUGAAUAUCAUUUUAGUACAGAAUGAUUGUUUAUUCAUAGUAAACUCUUUAGCCGUUCUCCAUCCCCACAGGACUGCGGUCAAUCUUUGAAAAUGUAUAAAGAUAUUUAAUUUAUUGUACAGAAUUUUUGUGUUUCUGCAAGUACAUUUGAGUUGCACUUUGCCACUGUUUUGUUUAAGCUUCAUUUAGAGUGUCACUUCUUGCCUGUUUGCUUAUCCUGAAGGCGCCGUCCUGACUUGCUGAAAAAAGGGUCCCCAAAUGUUAUACCUUCUAAAAAAGAGUCCAUUCAGUCCCUUUGACACAAUGAUCAAUAUUUGAAUGUACAUGCAUUAAAUCUGGGAACAGUGACUUAAUAUGUAUGGUUUACAUAACCAGUUUUGUUUAAUGAUUGUAUUGAAACCGUAAAUUAUUUUCAAUGUAAAACAUGAUCUAAAAUUCACUCAAUGAUUUUUAAGGCCCAGUUUUGUGAGUCAUACUUUCUGGCUCGUUAAAUCAAUACGAAGGCUUAUGUAUUUCAUAUCUUCCCAAGUAAUGUGAAUACUCCCUUUCCCCAUUCCAUUGGACGGUGGUUUAAGCAUCUUUCACUGCUGUGCAGUCCUGCAGAUCAGAGACGCAUAUUAAAAAUCACUGUGCAGGCCAGUGCUGAUGGAGACCGAAACUCACUUCAUGGGUUUGAUCCACAGUUUUGGAAUAGCUGCUUUGCAUCGCUACUGCUUAACAGGGUUACAAUACUAUUAUUUAAAACAAUUUAUUGAAGAAAAAAAUAAUGCUAUUUUAUGAUGACUUUCCAUCAAUACUACAAAGCAAAAAGAGAAUAAAAAGAACUGUACAGUAUGAGCCCAUUUUUAUACUCUGUUGUUGAAAAGGGAACGUAUGUUAACGCAUGAGAUCUCUCUUACGUACAUGCCCCAUCUGUCUGUUUUUCUGUGCUUAGUCUGAUACAGUGUGGAGAUAUAGACUUCAUUGGAUCAUGCCCUUUGUCUUAACUGGUGCUGUGGAACCAUCCAGACAUGAUGUUAUGAACUUCCUCUCACCCUCCAGCCCAACACGGCCUCGUUAUAACAGACUUAUUGAUUUGAUGGCAAAACAAUGGCCAGAAAUGGUUUGGUUAAGCUCAAUAUGUAGAGAACAUCUCCCAGUAUUCCAGUCGAGACCAGCUCAUUUGAUUCCAAGUCACGACCAUAACCAGAAUAGGGUCGGAUUCAAGUCAAGGCUGAGUCCAAGACCACAGUCAAGUCAAGUCACCUUUAUUUAAACAGUGCUUUAUACAAAACAGAUUGUUUCAAAGCGGCUUUACAGUGACAACAGGAAAAUUAUUCAAUAAUGCAAACAGAGUUCAUUUCAGCUGUACAGCAGUGUCAUUGUUCAGCUGAAGUCAGUUCAGUGUCGAUUCAGUUCCGUUGUAAAGAUCAUCAAUUAUUAAAUUAGUUCAUUUCAUCUAUAAAGCAGUACUUCAGAAAAUAGUAAAGUCAUCGUCCAGCUCAGUUUUCAUCCAAUAGUGUCAGUGCAGUCAAAUCAAUAAUAUUGAUAUUUAUCAAUAUUAAUAUUAGGUGUCCCCAACUAAGCAGGCCAGAGGCGACAGUGGCAAAGAACCCAAACUCCAUCAGGUGACAGAAUGGAGACAGAAAAAAAAAAAAAAAAACCUUGGGAAAAACCAGGCACAGUCGGGGGCCAGUUCUCCUCUGGCCAACGAACGAACACGGUGUGAUUAUGAUUCAGGCUGCAGUCAGAAAUCACAUUGUGAAUUGGUAGCAUUCAAAUAUUUCAUCCAGUUCCUUGCCUCUGUCUUGACUCGACCUCAACCCUUUUCUGGUCUCGGUCUUGACUCGGACUCGACCUCUCUUCUCAGUUUUGACUCAAGACUUAAAUGAUCUGGUCUCAAAUACAACACUGACAUCUCCAUCUAUCUCAAGACAUUGAAAACAAAGUCAUUCAGAUUACUGUGCUUGCUCAAAUAUGCAGAGCUCAACAAAAUAUUAAAUUACCAUGGCUGUUGCUGUCUUUUGUAGUCGAUGUGUUUUAGUUUUGUUUUGUUUCUUUAUGAUAAUCUGUAAAUUAUAUAUAAACAUGCCUAUUACUUCAAUACAUGUUUGUGCAAACGAAAAAAAAAAAUGUCUUGGUACAUAUUUUGUUUUGAAAUGUUUUAUAAAGUUCCUGUACAGCAAUAAAGCACAGUGUCAGUCAACUGACAAAAAAAAA